AUGGUGGGUGGUGUUGUGGCUCCGCUGGUCUCACCAGUGACGGCGACGCUGUACGUAGGGGAUCUCGAUGAUGGCGUCAACGAGGUCCAUCUCUCCGCGGCGUUCAGUGGUUGCGGCAACAUUUCCUCCAUCCGUGUCUGCCGCGACUGGCGGACAGGCAGUUCGCUCCGCUACGCCUACGUCAACUUUUAUUCAAGAUCCAAUGGUGAAUUCCUCCGUUCGUUACUUCCUCUCUUCGGUCCUCCUCCCCAUCUUGAUGAUCAGUUCUAGGUUUUCUUUCUUCGGCUUCUUCCACUUCUGUUGUCCUGACUCUCGUCUUCUGAUGAUUUUUCAUAAGCCGAGAAAGCUCUGAAAUCGCUUAAUCACACCCCUUUGCUGGGCAAGCCAAUGCGGAUCAUGUGGUCCCUGAGAAACCCCAUCUUGAGGAAAACUGGCGAGGCCAAUGUCUUCGUUAAGGUUUAAUUUCUUGCGGACUGUCCUCCUCGAUUUCCAUUUUUUCUUCUCCGCUUCUGUACUUACGUUCGAUUUUCCCGAAUAUCGUAGAAUCUUGACCCCUCCGUUGAUGGAGCGAAACUUGAGGAGAUGUUCGGCAAGUACGGCAUGGUAUUGUCGUGCAAGGUGGCGACGGACGACGGUCGGAGCAAGGGCUUUGGGUUCGUUCAGUUCCAAGCAGAAGAAUCUGCUCAGGCCGCCAUUAAAGCUCUCCAUUGCUCCCAAGGGCACGGCGGCAAGAAGCUGUAACAUCCUUCCUCCGAUCUCCCAUAUUCUUCACUCCACUGCAUUCUCUUGGAUUCCAUCAAAUUAUCAGGAUUAUCUGAGGCGUCUGAUUUGAGCGGUUUGCCCUAAAUUUCUCCGCAGUUAUGUCGCUAAAUUUGUCAGAAAGAGUAUGAGGCAGCCACCCGACUUCCCAAAAUUCUCCACCCUCUUCAUCAAGAAUCUGGACGACGACAUCACAGAUGAAAGCCUUUUGGAAAGAUUCUCUGAGUUUGGGGAAGUCAGAAAGGCUCAUGUCGUGAGGGACGGCGCUGGAUCUUCCAAGGGCUUUGGGUACCUCAGCUUCGAGUGGCCAGAAGACUCGAAGAAGGCAAUUCAAGCCAUGAACGGCACCCAAUUCGGUCAUCACCCUCUCCAUUCCCGCGAUAUCUAUGUUUGAAUCUUGUUGUUCUUCUUUGUGAUGACAGAAUCUCCGUUGACUUUAGGAUCGAAGACAGUGUAUGUGGGGAAGGCUCUAACCAGGGCCGAGCGGGAGAAGGCUCUGACACAAGGAUCCGAGGGAUCCAAGAACACCAAGUGCAGCCAUCUUCCGUCUGUCCUCGUAAGAAAAAGAAUACCCCAUACUUUGACCUUCUUUGACAGGAACAGGCUCCUGCAAACCAGAGCUUGACCGUGAACAUCUUUCCGUCUGUCUGUCUGUCAAAACUUACAUAGAAUUCAGCCAUAUUCGUGAAGAAUCUUCACGUUUCCGUCGAUGACCAAGCUCUGCGGGAGAUCUUCAGUGGGUGUGGAAGAAUCCGCUCGGCCACUGUCGCGCUAGAUGGCAAAGGGGUCAGCAGGGGGUUCGGCUUCGUGGGCUUCUCCGGCCCCCACGAGGCGGCAAAGGCCAUCUCCACUCUGAACGGUAAGAACUAAAAAGAAGAUCUUCAGUGGGUGCGCUUAAUUUCCUCGUGGAGAGAAAAUGCGGAUCAGUAGCUCUCAAUUAUCGCAGGCGCCGUGUACCUCGGCAGGCGCCUGCAUGUGGCGAUAGCUCAGAGGAAGGAGGACCUCCAGAGGGCCAUGCAGCUCCGGUUCCCCAAGGUGAAGGCGCCCAUGGUGGAGGGCAUGCGACCUCAAAGCCAUCCGCCGUGGAUGCUGAAAUCCUACGGAUUAGGAUGCUUUCAGAAGAACCAGGCUUUUCUAGUGGUAAACGCACUGCACACAAUAUAUAUACAUAUAUAUUUUUCUAUUUUUGGCAGCUGAAAUCCUAACCACGAAUGACGGAUUGUUGACCCAUGGAAUUUGCAGAGUCAACUAUGGAUGAAUGGGUACCCGUACCCAAUUCUACCCAUCCAGCAGCGGUACCUCCUCGGGCUGCGCACGCCGUGA